AUGGUUCGCUCCGUGUGGCACAAAACUGUCCGUCCCAAUCGCCAAGCCGGCAGCUCCGACAUCAUGUCCGUCAGGGUGGAAGUUGGUUUGCUCAGUGGCAAGACAGCUACUGUGCGAGUCGGACUGGAGGAGAAGGUUGAAGCAUUGAGGCUUCGGGCGCAGACCACAUUUGGAGUGGGCAAAGCUCGGCUGGUGAACUCAUUUGGAAGCAUCCUGGAUGAAUCUGUGCCGAUAAAGCUGUCUAGCGUGCAAGACGGUGAUGCACUGACAUUGCAAAUAUGCAAUACAGUUCAAGUUCAAGCCUCUAGCUUCGCUUUUGCUGCCAUCCUCAGCGACAAAUCCGUCGUGAUUUGGGGCAUUAAAGAAGGCUGGAGCGAUGACAGCACUGCCGUGCUGGAUCAACUGGAGAAUGUGGAUCAGAUCCAGGUCAGUUGCGGAGCUUUUGCUGCCAUUCUUGGCAACGGGUCCGUUGUGACCUGGGGUGAUCCUGCAGCUGGCAGUGACAGUAGUGAUGUGCAGCAUCUUCUGCAGAAUGUGCAAGGAAUCCAAGCCACUGAUUUUGCUUUUGCUGCCAUUCUUGGCGAUGGAUCCGUCCUGACCUGGGGUGAUCCUGAAGCUGGUGGUGACAGCAGUGCUGUUCAGGAUCAGUUGAAGGAUGUGCAGCAAAUCCAAUCCACCGGAAGUGCUUUUGCUGCCAUUCUGGGUGACGGGUCUGUCAUGUCCUGGGGUAGCGCUGACGAUGGCGGCGACAGCAGUGAUGUGCAGCAACAGCUGAAGAAUGUGUGCCAGAUCCAGGCAUCAGGUGCUGCUUUUGCUGCCAUUACUGGUGAUGGUUCCGUCGUGACAUGGGGUGCUGCCUGUUAUGGUGGUGACAGUAGUGCUGUGCAGGGUCAGCUAAAGACUGUGCAGCAAAUCCAAGCCUCUAUCCGCGCUUUCGCUGCCAUUGUGGGCGACGGAUCGGUUGUGACUUGGGGUUCUGGCAACUAUGGUGGUGACAGCAGCACUGUGCAGGACCAGCUACGUAAUGCGCGGCAGAUCCAAGCUUCUCAUCGCUCUUUUGCCGCCAUGCUGUUUGAUGGAUCUGUGCUGACCUGGGGUGAUGCUGAAGAUGGCGGUGACAGUAGCGCUGUGCAGGAUCAGCUGAAGAAUGUGCAGCAGGUCGUGUCAUCUGGCAAUGCUUAUGCUGCAGUUCUUGAUGACGGAUCUGUUGUCACCUGGGGCGAUGCAAACUAUGGCGGUGACAGCAGUACUGUGCAGGAUCAACUGAAGCAUGUUCAACAUCUCCAAGCCACUGCAGCCGCCUUUGCUGCCAUCCUUGUCGAUGGAUCUGUCGUGGCCUGGGGUGACCCUCAAGAUGGUGGCGACAUCAGUGCUGUGCAGCAUCAACUGAGGGAUGUGCAGCACAUCCAAUCCACUGCAAGUGCGUUUGCUGCCGUUCUUGGCAGUGGGUCUGUCAUCACCUGGGGCGGUAAUGCUAUCAAUGGCGGCUACGCAGUGAUCAGCAAUAGCUGA